UGACAUAACAUUGUUUUGGUCAAAAGUUAAAACAGCACCUUCCUUGUGCAGAGCUCUUCCUUGAUCUUUUUGUAUUUUUGUAGUGCUUCAAUUUUUAACAUGGUGUUCACCUCGGUGGUAAGUUUAGUUCGUGCCCGAGGACCAGAUGAGUUUUGGAGGAAACGCAAAAUCUUCAAGUUGGCUGCUCACUACGUUGGACGCUCACGGAACUGCUAUUCGAUAACAAUUCGGAGCGUUCAUCGGGCUUUAGCCUAUGCCACGAAGGGUCGGGAGCUGAAAAAGCAAGAUAUGCGUGAACUUUGGACACAUCGGAUCAAUGCAGGUUGCGAGCAACAUGGAUUGCAAUUUGCUGCCUUUCAGGAUGGACUACAUAGGAAUGAAGUUUUGUUAAACAGAAAAGUACUAGCUGAUCUCGCAAUUUGGGAACCAAGGACUUUUGAAGCUUUGGCAUUAAUUAGCCAACAAAUACCCGAUAAUGAUGAUGGAUCUUCGUCAGAUAAAUAAUUAAAUGUUUCACUUAAUAAAUUAAUGAAGUUUCGA